AUGAACCUUAAAAACAUAAUAAUUCUUCCGUUCCAAGACUCCUCAACGCAAUGGGACAUCCAAAUAGAGGAAGGAGUAGUGACCUCCAUGAAACCAGCCGCCAACAAAACAACACCAAGCGUCAUGCUUCCUUCACUCUGCCAUCCUCAUAUUCAUCUCGACAAACCAUAUCUUCUCACCUGCAACCACCCAAAAUCCCCAAACCACCCAGAUUAUUCUGAUCUCCCUCCCAAAACAGGAGGAUUUCAGGAAGCCUUGGCCAAUACAGCUGAAGCAAAGAAACGCUACACCAAGGAGGACUUGUACUUACGAGGCUCUCAGCUUAUAGCGACAAGCUACAAACAGGGUGUCACAUUCAUGAGAGCUUUCGUUGAGGUUGAUGACGUCACUGAGCUCAAGACUCUGGAGGUGGGAAUCCGGCUGAAGAAGGAAUUCGCGGACUUUUUGACAGUACAAAUAUGCGCCUUUGCACAGGACCCUAUAUUCUCGACGGAUAAGGGAGAGGCUAACCGAGCAAUGCUUGAGAAGGCGCUUGAGCAGUUCGGUUCGGAUGUUGAUGUUAUUGGAACUACGCCGUAUGUGGAAUCUGAUCUGGAAGCGCAGAAUCAGAAUAUUCGGUGGGCUAUUGAGACGGCAUUGAAACAUGGCAAGCAUCUCGACUUUCACAUUGAGUUUAGCCUGAAAGGCGACGGAACCCACAUGUCUGUUUUCUAUCACGUCAUUGAAGAGCUCGAGCGUCUCAAAUGGCCUACAGAUCCCGGCGCUCCGACUGUUGUGUUUGGGCAUGCGACGAGACUUACUCUAGCUACUCAUGCUGAUCUCGUCAGACUCUCAGAGAAGCUGAGAGAGACAAAGUUACCGAUCCACUUCGUCGGAUUACCAACUAGCGAUCUGUACAUGAUGGGCAGACAUGGACCCAAUGAUUCCGAACAAAGCCAACCACUCAGUCGACCAUGCGGGACAAUCAUGGUCCCCAAGCUAAUCAGAGACUACGGAAUCAACGCGUGCCUAUCGGUCAACAACGUCGGAAAUCCAUUCACUCCCCACGGCGAUGGCGAUCCUCUUAAGAUAGCAAGCUUGGGCGUUGGCUUAUUCCACGCUGGAACGGUCGAUGAUGCAAAGAUUCUUUACGAGGCCAUCAGCACACGAGCAAUGGACGCGUUAAACCCCCGCGCAGAAGGACAUCAUGACAGGUUCACAUUGGCGGAGUUUUACCAGACAAUGCCGAUGCUUUUGUUCAAGAAUGAAGAGAACAUGGAAAUCGCAUCGGAACUUGGGAGCAUCAAGGUCCCAGCGAGGCAAAGGCUAAGCAUUCAGGACAUUGUUUGGGACCCUCCGGAGACACAACUUAGAAGCAUCGUUGAAUAG